AUGUGCACAGCAAAAGAUUUGGAAGAGUGGUCAGAAAAUCAUGAUUCCUUUCGCCACGAGCAGAAUUUGGUUCAGUGGACUGAGAAAAAACGGCCAUAUGUUGAACCCAUUUUCAUCGUGGUAACCAAUGGUGUCGGUAAGGAUUUUGUCAUCAACAAUGGUGCAUGCUCUUGUUCCACAGUCGUACUGGAAGACGAGAUCUCGCUGACGGAGGUAGGAGGGCUGCUGCAGGAGUGGGAUGGCAGGGAAGAGCCAGCUGGACAGCAUGCCCUGGAGGACAGCCUCGCAUCCGAGGAUCUGGGGAGCAUGCUGGAGUCCAUCAAAGUGGAGAGGGCCAAAUAUUCACUGAUGUGCUUUCAGUUCCCUGUUGGACGUAUCCACCGUCAGCUGAAGCAAAGGACUCAGGCAAAUGGUCGUGUUGGUGCCACCGCAGCCGUCUACUCAGCUGCCAUCCUAGAGUACUUGACUACCGAGGUUCUGGAGCUGGCUGGGAAUGCUAGCAAGGAUCUGAAGGUGAAGCGUAUCACCCCUCGCCAUUUGCAGCUAGCUAUUCAUGGAGACGAGGAGCUGGACACUCUCACCAAGAGCACCAUCGCAGGCGGAGGUGUCAUACCGCACAUUCACAAGUCCCUGAUCAACAAGUCAUCCAAGGAGUGAAGACUAGGGGAUGUGCAUCUUUAGUUUAAACUGGACUUCUGUGCGCUCCUGAGUGAGUCCUUGUUGUACCGUAGGUUUUAGUUGAGCUGUUAGGUUGGAGCUCCUUUGUGUAACGCUUGCCUGGUAGUGCUUCAUUAGUUAUUUGGUUAUUGUGUUUGUGUUGAGUUGUUAACUUCAGGGGUGCAAACCUGAUUGCUUAUUUAGUUAUGUGACUACUGCUAUUCAGUUUAUUUUUAAAUUUUUUGUAGCUGCAA